GGGAAUACCAAAUCCAGGACAGGCAUCAACGGAGGUCGCCAAUACUUGAGGGACGAUAUGACGGAGCAUGUGCCGUACUUCAACCGCGGAGGGAUCAUUGGACACGACGGACGGCGGAAGACAGGGAUCCCUGGCAGGAACGGCGAGGAGCCAGAGACGAACAUGUUCAAUUUUGUGGACCUGAUAUUGAAUAUGCCUGAGAGGCCGAGUCUGCGAUUUGUGGUGUUGAAGUUAUUGAAGGUCCUCGUCGUGAUGACGAUCGGUAUCAGAAUGUUAAUCGCCUUGAGAAUAUCAGCAUCCUCGUCGUGGAUCUGGACCAUUCGAUGAUCGGGAACCAAUUUCUUAACUUUACUCAGCAGGACAACAAAAUGAAGGGACAGGUCAACUGGUCUGUUCAGAGCGGGUACAAAACUAUCGAUGCUGUGAUCGAGGACGUCGGGAAUGGCAACUAUUGGGGCGCGAUGGUGGUCCAGCCCAACGCAUCGGUGUCACUCAACAAGGCACUCUCGGGACCGAAUUCUGACUAUGAUCCCACCAAGGCGUUCAUGUUUAUCUACGAUGGCGGACGGGACCCACUGUCGGUGAAGCCAUAUAUCCUCGCUAGCAUGUACACACAGUUCUUACAGUUCACAAAGACGUUCAACCCGAUAUGGGUCUACUUCGUGCUGACUUAUGCAGACGAAAAGAAUACGACGCUCACACCGCUAGCAAGCGCACCCCAAGUCUUGGGCAUACCCGUGGCAUUCGAAGAACUAGAUAUCCAUCCGCUAUCAUCGUCGAUUAUCGCCUCCGCAACGUCGGUGGCGUACAUCUGGAUCUUCCUGGUUGCAGGCGGGAGCACAUAUUUGGUGGCAUAUACGGUCCAGCCGUUGACACGGGAAGGCGGUGUGACGCGGACGAUGAUGCUGCUGUUGAUACCGUUGUUGGUGUUCCUAUGCUCACUCUCGAUGGUGUACAGCAUCACGCUCCGGAUCUUUGGUGUAUUGUUCGAGUCGGCGGGGCAGUUUCUCUCGUUGUUCAUGGGCAUGCUGUUGCUCCAGGCGGCUGUGGCAUCGUUGAUCCUGUUCUUGAUAUUCCUGAUCCCGGUCAGAUACAUCCCAGUGAUCACUGUAACGUUCGUGGUGAUGAACAUGAUUGCGAUCUUUCAUCCUGUAGAGCUGAUGCCGCCGUUCUACCGAUGGGUGUAUGCGAUGCCCUUCCUGAACGCAGUGCAGAUGGCACGGUUUGUGCUCACGGGAUCGUAUAAUCGACUGGUAUACAACUUGCCGAUCUUAUUUGCGUGGAUUCUGGUGCCGCUCACAUUGCUGCCGUUCGCGAUCGCGAGACAGAAGCGGCUAAUGAUGGAAAUUUUGGAGUUAGAGGAACAGGACCGUCGACAGUCUCAGCAGAGAUAUUACUCGGAUAAGGAUACUGGGCUUAGAUACUAUACUGGAGAAGACGACGAUGACGAUGACGACGUGUACGACUAUAGGAGCGAGAAGGCAGGGAGAUACAGCAGGAAAUCGCGCGAGUCGGAGAGGCGUCGGGCUAGAAGUUCGACCCGACAUCGUGGUCUGGAACAGAAGAAGAAUUCGAGCGAGGAUGGGCUUGAAGGAGAGGAUGUGUCUGAGAGCAGAAACGAGCGUCGUCAACGCCGGCGCCGUCGCAACCACCGCAGCGGCAGUAACGGUGACAGCGAUGAUCGUGGGGAUGAUAGCGAGGAGAACAGCCAGGGCCUGAGCCAGGAAGGCUCUGUAGCAAAGGCUGCACGACUGAUCCGGCCACUAAAUCCAAGGACGCUUAGCAGCGGAGCUGUACCGAGUGCGCCGCCAGAAUCGCAGAUGUUCAGCACACAUCAUGGGACAGUUGGACGGACGCCAUCCGGAGAGCAAAAUCGGUCGUUGUUUGAGAUGCCGAAGUUGAGUCGACACCCGUAUGCGGCUGAAUUGGUCAGGCCGCAGACACCGGCCGAAGUGAAGUAAAGAGACCAGGGAACCAGCAGAAGAGAAGAAAAAAAUGCAUAGACUAUUUAUUCGAGUAAACGCGUUUAUGUUACAUGAACCU